AUGGCUCACAUCAAUACUCGUCUUCUCGAUGCUGCUGAAGAGCGUUUAAAUUCACUUACUCCUUUACGUGGUUAUGCAGCGGAAGAACUAGUUUCGUUACAAGAAGCUGUUGUAAAAUUGCGCAAUUUGGUUCAUGAUGUCGAUGUACGCGCUUGGACGGCUACGAAUCGAUGCGAACAUCCAAUUGAUAAACUCAAUCAGGACGAAUCAGCCGCGAUUGUUUUAUAUACAAUCGAGUGGGAUCCCCAUCAUCCAAGCCUUUAUUUAGUCCUGAAUCAGACACUUCGUCUUGAAGAUCGAAGAAAACUAUCUCCUUGGUUUCCUUACUUAAAAUUACUUCUAACCGGCUUAUUUAAAUUACCGUCAACUCGCUGCACCGUUUGGCGAGGUGUACGCGGUGAUUUGCGGCCACAAUAUAAACAGAGCAGAAAAGUUACAUGGUGGGCAUUCAGUUCUUGUACUACUGCAAUUCAUGUUCUGGAAAGUGAACAAUAUUUGGGUACAUCAGGUCCACGUACUUUGUUCGCAAUCGAUUGUUUAAAUGGAAAAAACAUUCAACAACAUUCUUAUUAUGCGCAAGAAGAAGAAAUAUUGCUUCUUCCAUGUACUCAUUUGGAAGUAAUAAGCCAUUUGAGUAGCAUGGAUAAUUUACAUAUUAUUCAUUUACGUGAAAUACCGCCACCAUUCGUGCUUCUGGAACCUCCAAAUCCAAUGUCAGCAGGUCAGAAGUACUUGAAAUAUGUAUAA